CCUAUAUCAGGACCGUGCAAGACCCAAAGACAUGCGCUGAGCUACAGUCCGCAAGUCGACAUCGUCUCAAUAUGGCCUCGCCUACUUCACCAGUUGCAGACUCGCUCUCGCGAUCAACCACUCAGUCAUCAAGCACUGGUACAACAGCGCAAGAGGUUCGUACCCAAAAUGAACAACCAAACCUCGAUCCCGAAAAGCAAGCACACGAUCAACGAUACCAUCACCACAAGGAAAAAGUCCCCCAUUGGAGAUUAGUCGCCAGCCAGUCACUCAUCACAGAUGCUGUCGCCAAUUAUCCAUACAACGGGUCUGGUACCGAAGACGAUCCGUACGUCGUGGAAUUCAUACCAAAUGAUCCCCGGAAUCCCAUGGAGUUUUCGCAAGUCAAGAAGUGGUUCAUCACUCUCACUGUCGCCAUCGCCACUCUUGCUGUCGCCUUCGUCUCGUCCGCAUAUUCGGGCGGCGCCAACGAAGUCAUUGCGACCUUUGGUGUGAGUCAAGAGGUUUAUACACUCGGUAUAUCUUUGUUUGUCUUGGGAUUUGCGAUCGGUCCACUGCUUUGGGCACCACUUAGUGAACUCUACGGUCGACAAGUGCUGUUCUUCGGUACAUAUGCGGUUCUGACUGCUUUUAACGCCGGGGCAGCCGGCGCCAACUCAAUGGCCACUCUUAUUAUUCUCAGAUUCUUUGCUGGCACAUUCGGGUCAUCGCCCCUUACGAACGCUGGCGGUGUCAUUGCCGACAUGUUCCUUGCCAAUCAAAGGGGUCUAGGAAUGUCCAUCUUUGCAGCAGCACCGUUUCUGGGUCCGGUUAUCGGGCCGAUCGUGGGUGGUUUUGUGGGUGAGACCAUCGGUUGGAGGUGGAAUGAAGGAGUAAUGGCUUGCUUCACGGGUGUCUUGUGGAUUUUCGGUAGCUUGACGAUCCCGGAAACAUAUUCGCCUGUCAUACUCAAGAGACGAGCGGCUGUACUUUCCAAGCGGACCGGCAAGGUCUAUAUUUCCGUUCUGGAAAGAAGACAGGGUAAGACGACACCAAAGGCGGCUUUCCAAAAGUCACUGGCUCGACCUUGGGCAUUACUUUUCCUCGAACCCAUUGUGUUGUUGAUAUCCAUAUACAUGGCUAUCAUCUACGGCACCCUUUAUCUAUGUUUCGGAGCCUUCCCGAUUGUGUAUCAGCAAGGACGAGGCUGGUCUCCAGGCAUUGGUGGGCUCGCCUUUCUUGGUGUGGCCGUCGGUAUGUUGCUUGGCGUCACUUACAGCAUCAUCGAUAACAAGCGCUAUGCGAGAGUCGAAGACGAACAUGAUGGCGAAGCUCCUCCUGAAGCGCGUCUUCCGCCGGCCCUGGCUGGGGCUGUGGCUCUUCCGAUCGGUCUAUUUUGGUUUGCAUGGACAAACGGUCCUUCUGUUCACUGGAUAGUCAGCAUUAUCGCAACAGCACCAUUUGGUUUCGGCAUGGUGCUGGUGUUCUUGGGUUGCAUGAACUAUCUUAUCGACGCAUACACGAUUUAUGCAGCCUCGGUUCUGGCAGCAAACUCGGUCCUUCGAUCCAUCUUCGGCGCUGUCUUCCCACUCUUUACCACUUACAUGUUCCAAAACCUGGGGAUUCAUUGGGCCUCUUCGGUUCCAGCCUUUUUGGCUCUGGCCUGCACACCUUUCCCGUUUAUCUUCUACAAAUACGGCGAGUCAAUCAGGUUGAAGUGCAAGUACGCAGCGCAGGCCCACGAGAUCAUGGUUCAGAUGCGCGCAGAACAGAAGCACGUUGAGGAAGAAGAACAGGAAGAAGCGGCAGAGGAGGAGACUGAGAAAGAUGGCCAGGCUGCUAAUGCUGGCAUGAGCCGCCAGACCACCCGGGCCAGCAGAGCUAGUCGACCCAGUAUGGGUCGCACGAGCACGCGUGCUUCGCGUGCCUCGCGUGCUCGCCUGGAGGAGUUUGGCAGAGUGUACAGCCAUGCCAGUCAUCAUCACUUCUAAUGGGUUGUCUUAUUACACAUGAAUCUUUUCUGGUGGAUUUGUCUAGCGUUCAAGCGAGCGGCGUCACCAUAUGCAUACAUGCGGGAACAGGUUGGAACAAAAACGGUGGACAUUUAUAAAUACACCAAACUGGUCUGGAUAAUGCAGUUGUACAUUACUCAUUUACUUGUAGCAUAACUUGUCAUCGGAGCCUCUUGCUCCAUAACGAGUUUACGAUUCUCCGU